UGGGGCGUGUGGAGCCCAGUGGCCGGUGGGCCUGGCUGGCCGUCAUUCCUUCCGUGAAGGUCCCUUGAGCUCCCGCUCCGAGAGUAGCCCUGCGGUAGGCGCCGAUCCACCAGACGAGGACCCUGCACUCGUAGGGACUUCAAGAGAUGGAAGGGCUGUCCUUGGCAAAUGAAGAUAAAACAAUGUCUGCCAACCUAAAAUACCUUUCCUUGGGAAUUUUAGUCUUUCAGACUACCAGUUUGGUUCUGACAAUGCGUUAUUCUAGGACUUUAAAAGAGGAGGGUCCUCGUUAUCUAUCUUCUACAGCAGUGGUUGUUGCCGAACUUUUGAAAAUAAUGGCCUGCAUUUUAUUAGUCUACAAAGACAGCAAAUGUAGUCUAAGAGCACUGAAUCGAAUACUACAUGAUGAAAUACUUAAUAAACCAAUGGAAACGCUUAAACUUGCUAUUCCAUCAGGGAUAUAUACUCUUCAGAAUAAUUUACUCUAUGUGGCACUGUCAAAUCUGGAUGCAGCUACUUAUCAGGUCACAUAUCAGUUGAAAAUUCUUACAACAGCAUUAUUUUCUGUGUCUAUGCUUAGUAAAAAAUUAGGUGUGUACCAGUGGCUCUCCCUAGUAAUUUUGAUGACAGGAGUUGCUUUUGUACAGUGGCCCUCAGAUUCUCAAGAGCUUGAUCCUAAGGAACUUUCAGCUGGUUCUCAGUUUGUAGGUCUCAUGGCAGUUCUCACAGCAUGUUUUUCAAGUGGCUUUGCUGGAGUUUACUUUGAGAAAAUCUUAAAAGAAACCAAACAAUCAGUGUGGAUAAGAAAUAUUCAGCUUGGUUUCUUUGGGAGUAUAUUUGGAUUAAUGGGUGUAUACAUUUAUGAUGGAGAAUUGGUGUCAAAGAAUGGAUUUUUUCAGGGAUAUAACCGACUGACUUGGAUAGUUGUUAUUCUUCAGGCACUUGGAGGCCUUGUAAUAGCUGCAGUUAUUAAAUACGCAGAUAAUAUUUUAAAAGGAUUUGCAACCUCUUUAUCCAUAAUACUAUCAACACUGAUAUCCUAUUUUUGGCUACAAGAUUUUGUGCCAACCAGUGUCUUUUUCCUUGGAGCCAUCCUUGUAAUAACAGCUACUUUCCUAUAUGGUUAUGAUCCCAAACCUACAGGCAAUCCUACUAAAGCAUAGUCGUAUACUAUCUUUAACUGAUUUUUCACAAUGGUGCACUAGGAAUCUCAACAUUAAUCUUGCAUAGAGGACUUCUACAGACUCUCAGAAGAUAUCAUCAUGCUGAAUCUCAUUGUAUUGUUCAAAUGAUUUGAAAAUAUAAAAGUUUAAGGAUAAAAUGUGUAUAUGUUAAUGAAAUAGCUAUUACAUCGAGAAAUCAAAGCUUGAAAGUAUUUCCAGCUAUUAGAAUAAUUAUUGGAGAAAACUUGAAAUCUGAGUUUAAAAAGAUUUUACCUUUUGAUUGCUGCAGAAAUGUCCUUAUGCACUCUUUGCAAGAGCACACAACAAAUGUCAGAUACAAUUUUUGCAAAUGAGAUCUAUUUAAUCUUAUUAAAUGUUUUUUAUCUUUUUCUGUAUAGAAAUAUCAAAUCACAUGGAAUAUUCAAAGUUUGAAAAUUAUAAUUAUAAUUGCUUAUAAAGCUGUGAAGAAACAGAAGUAUGAUUUGAAAAACAUUUUAAUGUAUCUGAGAUUUUUAUAUUUAUAUACUAAAGAAAAGAUUGCUAAAUGUCAUUUGUUCAACUACAUAAAAAUUGAUAAAGUUAUGUCCUGCGUCUAAUUUAUGAGAGAAUAAAAUUCAUACUUAAAUUUAAUGUAGGGAAAUACACACAUCUAUUUCUCCAUCUACAUUUUAAGAUCCGUUUAGUGCUUUGAAACUGCUGAAAGCAAUCCAGUUGCUCCUGUGCCAGAUUGUAGCCUGAGACUUUUGCACUAAUUGAGUUUUGUUCUUAAUCUCUUAAUUGUGUUUCUUUUCUGUAAAUCAGAUAAAUCCUUAAUAUUUCUUUAAAUUAAAUUGCUGUAUGUGGUAAUUUCCAUUAAAGUUUCAAAAUGAAUUUAAAAGGAUUAAAUACUCAUUUAAUAAUUGAAAAUAAUUAUUAUUAUCUAUUAUCUCCACUUGGAGAAUUUUGAACUAUCAAAGCGUAUACUGUACACAACUAAAAUGUUUUAAAAUGAAUAUUGUAGUCAUUGAUCUGUAAAAAUUCCUUUAAUCUACAGCUGUUAAAACCAACCACCAAAAUAAUAAUAGUAUAGAUAUCAAUGAAUUGAGACCAAAAUGACCUUUCUUAGAGACAUUCCAGAUUGCCAUAAUAUUAUAUUAUUUUAAAUGGCACUAUAGCUAUAAACUCAAGGCUGCUCAGAAGAACUUUUUAGGCCUUUCAUAAACCCACCAUCCCCAGGAAUACUCUGGUCACAUGUCUAGGAGACGUAGCAAAUUCUGAGUUCCCUUUCUGUGGCCCUGUAGAAGCUGCUGGGAAGGAGCCACCACUUAGAUUUAAGAUAGUGGUUUCUUUUCCGUUUUGAUUAGCACUGGAGUUGAGGUUAUAAAUUACAUGAGUUAUUUAAUAAGUUGGUUCAAGAGGGAGAGAAAAUAUAGCAAAAAUGGUAAAGUGAAUUGGUGGGCAAGAAUACGGAAUAUGGAUGUAAUUUAAUUAUUGACUAUAGAUAGAAUUACCUAUUAUGUAUAAGAAGUAUUUUACUUUAUUUUUUUCAUUCAUGCUUAUAUAUUUUUAAGUCUCCCAUUCUAAUAGUAUAAAAACU